AUGGCAAACAUGGACAUCAAUGAGUUUCGCGAGUUCGGUCGGGCAGCGAUUGACUUUGUGGCGGAUUACUUGGAAAACAUCAGAGACAGAGACGUCCUGCCAUCGGUAGAACCGGGAUAUCUACACGAGAUGCUCCCCGGGGAGCUCCAGAAUGAGCCGGAGGAUUGGAAAACGAUCAUGGAGGACUUCAAGCGAUGCAUACUACCGGGUCUAACUCACUGGCAGUCGCCGCACUUUCACGCGUUCUAUCCAUCGCAAACUUCGUACUCGUCGAUCGUCGGGGAGACCUUGGCCGCAGGUCUUGGCGUUGUAGGAUUCAGUUGGAUUUGCAGUCCAGUCUGCACCGAGCUCGAGGUGAUCAUGAUGAACUGGCUGGGUCAACUACUCAACCUACCCAAAUCGUUCCUCAACUGUGACGAAGGAAAUGGAGGAGGCAUCAUACAGGGAUCGGCAAGCGAAUCCAUCCUGGUUGCGGUGUUGGCCGCCCGGGAGCAGGCAGUACGACGGCUGAAGGUUGACCAUCCGGAGCUGACGGAUGCCGAGAUCCGUGGCCGAUUGGUGGCGUACACUAGUGACCAGAGUAACAGUGCGGUGGAGAAGUCGGGAAUUCUCGGUGCGAUUAAAAUGCGUUUGUUACCGGCCGACGAGACGGGUAUCUUGCGUGGGUCCACCUUUAUCCGGGCGGUUGAGGAGGACGUUGCCAAUGGGUUGUUCCCGGUGAUUUGUGUGGCGACGGUCGGGACGACGGGAACCUGUGCCUAUGACAAUCUGGCCGAGAUUGGACCGUACUGUAAUGAGAACCGCAUCUGGUUGCAUAUCGACGCGGCAUAUGCCGGGGCCGCCCUAUGUCUGCCAGAGUACGCUCACAUCAUGAACGGAGCGGAGAUGGCCGACUCGCUCAACUUCAACCUGCACAAGUGGAUGUUUGUCAACUUCGACUGCUGCGCGAUGUGGUUCAAGGAUGCGGGCUCGGUGACGAAGUCGUUCAGUGUCGAUCGGAUCUACCUGCAGCACCAGUACCAGGGUCACAGCAAGGCGCCGGACUAUCGCCACUGGCAGAUCCAGCUCGGCCGACGGUUCCGCUCGCUCAAGGUGUGGAUAACGCUGCGUACGAUGGGUGCGGAGAAGAUUCGCCAGCUGAUCCGCUUCCACAUUCAGCUCGCGAACCGCUUCGAGGAGUACGUCCGGACGGACGAUCGCUUCGAGGUACUCUGCUCGACGCUCGCCCUCGUGUGCUUCCGACUGAAGGGAGACGAUGCCCGCUCGAAGCAGCUGCUCGACAACAUUACCCAGCGCAAGAAGGUCUUCAUGAUUCCGGCCACGUACCAGGGGAAGUUUAUCAUACGGUUCAUGAUUUGCGGCAUCGAUCCGCAGAUGCACGACAUCGAGUAUGCGUGGAACGAGAUACGAUCGCAAGCCGAUCUUCUGUUGGGCGUGGACCAGGACCCCAAGCAGCUCGAGACCGAGAACUCGAACUCCAGCGAAAUGGCGGAAGUCGAUGAUGAACCGAAACUAUUUGAGAAGAGCUCCGAAAUUGGCAAGAUAACGGAAAGUUUGAACAAUUUUGCGAUUUCCCACGAGAAGGGACAAUAG